AUGACAUCUACACUGAUUAUCGAUAGAAAACGUACAUAUAAAGAAACAUGUAAUGAUUUAUAUGAUUGUUACACUGAAUAUGGUUUAUUAUGUGAAUAUGGAUGGAAUGAAAAUAGAAGUUGUUUAUGUGAAGGAUCUCAUUAUUGGUCUACUCAACAGAAUAAAUGUCUUCGAAAAGGAGAAAUGAAUGAUUCAUGUGAUGUUGAUUAUCAAUGUCAUCAAGAGAUUGGUUUUGUAUGUGAUAAACCACCUGGUGCAUCAACAAAAAUAUGUAUAUGUGCAGCAAAUAUUUAUUGGGCAAAAAUUUCUAAUUGUGGUCAAAGAAUGAUUCAACAUAUUGUCGAUUGUAUUAAUGAAAAUUAUGCAACAACAUGUCUUAUUCUUAGUACUGAUUAUAUGUAUCAUAUGGUUACAAUUAGAUCAUUUUCUGAAAAAGAACUUUCAUUUGAUUGGUUUCUUAUCGAUAAUCGAGCUUUAUUAGAAUUACCACAACUUAGUUGUACUUUUAAUAAUGAUACAAAAUAUUGUUUUGGUUUAAGUAUUCAAGAUUCUCAACAUUCUCUUAAACUUGCACAAUUUACACGAAAAGGAUUUCAUAGUAUUGAAAAUAUUGGUGGUAAUAAUCGAGGUAUUGCAUUUGGUUUAACUAAUAUCAAUAAUGUGACUGUUUUUGUACGUAAUUCUCAAAAUACACUCUAUCAUCGAACUAUUGCAGAUGAUGAAAUAUUAUCGCCGUAUGAUAUUGCUUUAUCAUCAUCAGGUAAUCCAACGUGUUAUAUUCAAGAAUUAUUAACUACUCGUCAGACUUAUUGUUUUGCUCGGAAUUCAGCAUUUGGUCUAACAGAAUAUGCUGAAUUAUCAGAAUAUGAAUGGCGAAUUACCCAAUUAGGUUAUGCAACAGAUCGAAUUCGUGAUGAAAUUGCACCUGUUUGUAGUUAUGUUGGACAAUUACAUCGUUAUUGCUUUGCUAUUUUUGAAAAUGGACAAAUUUAUCGAAUUAUUUCUAAUUCCAAUAUAUGGAGUACAUGGGAAUUAAUUGGCAAAGGACAACAACAAUUUAUUACUCAACCGGUAUUUUUAACAUCAAAACCAUUAAAUCAAUCAGAUCCUGGUCAAACAUGUUAUUUAUUUGCAAUUGACACAAAUAAUAAUUUACAAUUAUCAACAAAUAUUAAUUGUGCUGUAUCAGAUAAUUUUAGUGAAUGGAUACCUAUAUCAACAAAUUUAAAAUUCAAACAAGUUGAUAAAACAUUUCGAUUGCGUGAUGGUAAUAUUGGUGUAUUAGGUAUUGAUAAUCAAAAUCAACCUUAUUAUAUGUAUCUUGAUCCACAAACAAAUCGUUUUACAUCACCACGUCCAGCAUUUACAGUGAAGCCAGAACAAUUUCGUUCUUAA